GUAGUAAAGUAUGUCAAUGUGCUAUUUUGAACAAAUAUCUUAUUUUAAACGUAAUUAUAAAAUAAUAUUUUUUACUAAUUAUAGAUAUUUUGCCGCUUUUAAACAUGAUAAAAAACGAUUGGUUGAAAUCAAAAACAGCAAAUGAAAGAGAUGUUAUGAUAAAACAAGCCCGAAUUGCACGUAUAUUUACAAUAUUAGGAUUUUUUAUAAUGUUGUUGAGUCUUAUUUUGGCUGUGAUUCUUCCUGCUUUCGGCAUUUCAAUGAGAUAUUUGACCAACAAAACGGAUCCAGGGAAAUUAUUGCCAAUUCAAACAUAUUAUAUUUAUGAUCGAGACAAAAGUCCAUUGUACGAGAUAACUUAUAUUGUGCAAAGUAUCGGCUUAUCGACGCUUGCUAUGGUGUACACUAGUACAGACAGUUUCUUAGGUUUAUUGGUUUUUCAUGUGUGUGGUCAAUUGGAAAAUCUCAAGAAGCGUAUUAUUUGUCUCAAUAAGUUUCAUUUUGAAAGUGCUCUAUCAUGCAGCGUACAAGAUCAUAUACGUCUCAUCAGAGAAUUUUUCUGCUCAUUAUUAAAAACAUCGGGUGGUUAUAUAUCUGUUUUGUUGGCACAUCGAGAAUAA